AUGGCAACGGAGACGCUAACCCAGUCACCUCACUCGCGAAGGUUCGAGUCUCAUGUAGCAUUCGACAACAUACCCCUCGGCGAAUCGACCGAGUACAAUCCAAUCUCGUUCACUCUUAACCACCGACACGCCGGCUUUCAGUUUAGACGGCGCCACCGGACAUUCAUGGUCGGUGUUGACGACAACUCAUACUCCGAUCACGCUUUACAAUGGCUAUUGGAUGAGCUGGUCGACGAUGGUGACGAAAUAGUGUGCGUCCGUGUAAUAGAGACGCAGGUCCGUCUUACCGACAAGGCAUAUCAAGAAGAUGCAAGGGCCUUGAUGGAAUCGAUCCAGGCGAAGAAUACCCAAAAUCGAGCGAUUGGUCUAGUUUUGGAAUACGCUGUUGGGAAGCUACAUAACACGUUCCAGCAUCUUAUCAAAAUAUACCAACCUUCUAUGUUAAUCGUUGGCACGAAGGGCAGGAGCCUCGAUGGCGUCCAAGGAUUCCUCGUGAAUCGUAGUUCGUUUUCGAAGUAUUGCUUGCAGUAUUCGCCGGUGCCCGUUGUCGUCGUGCGUCCUAACGAGAAGCGUGAGAAAAAGAAGGCUAAGCGCGCGCAUGACCCCUCUAGGCAAAGCUAUGCGCAAAUGCUGCUUGGACAACCACAUGAGGCCGACAGUGAGAACAGUAGUAUGUAUGAGCUGGAACCCAACCUCACCGCGGACGAAGAGGCACACCGAGUAGCUGUAGCUGUAGGGUUACCGGCGGCAUACGAUCCGACGAUAAAACCUAUUGAUCCCAGCAGCCUGCUGAAGAACCAUACCCGACGAUCCAUGCUAGAUGUAUCUAAGGAGACACUUGCGAUAGUGAACAAGGGAGGCCUACCUGCUGAGAAGAAGUCUUCUCCGGACCGCGAGGAUUCGGAUUCCGACUCGGAAGCAGAGUUCGAAGUCACUCCAGGCGAGGAGGCGCUUAGAGAGCGACUACACAAGAUGGAGUUAAACGAAGGAGCCGCGCUCAGAGCUGAGGCUAGGAAGUUGAGUUCUGGGUCUGCCGAUAGUGACGAAGAUCCGCCCGGAGGAGGGGGUGCCAAGACUUGA